UCUCUGGUCAAUUUUCACCAACUUUCCAUGUACAUUAUUUCAUGUGCAUGAUCCAUUGCUUUCAAACUUUCAUCCACCCCCAUCACACCUAAAUCACCACUUCAUUUCAUAAAUCCAACCCAAAUUCCAGACCUCAAAAAUAAUUAACAUAUGGGUUUCCCAAAUGGAUACGCGGAUCUUUUCAUCCCAAAACUAAUUGUCCACGUCAUAACACUUCUCAAUCUCACCCAAACCUUCAUUUCCUACAUUCUACAUUUCAUGGGUCUCGAAGCAGAUUUCAUUACUUUCGAAUCGCCUUCAACCGACGACCCGACCCAAUUACACGACUCGUUACCACACUUGCCGUCCUUUUCCGCGAUCCUCCUACGUGAGCUUUUGCCAAUUCUUAAAAUUUCGGACCUUGUGAACCCACCCGAGAAGUGUGUGGUUUGUUUGUACGAGUUUGAUGAGGAUGACGAAAUACGCGGGUUGAGUAAUUGCAAACAUGUGUUUCAUAAAUCUUGUAUUGACAAAUGGAUGGAACAUGACCGAAAAACAUGCCCACUUUGUCGGAUGCCGUUUUUAUGUGAUGAUUUGCAAGAUUCGUUUAAUGAAAGGUUGUGGGCUGCUUCUGGUAUUGUUGAUUAUCAUUAUCAUGAUGAUGAUACGUCGUCAUUCAUUGUUGAUGCUUAAUUAAUGUAUAUAAUUAAUUUGGAAUUAUUUUUCUUAAUUAAACUGUUUUUUUUUGGUGUAGAUUGAUUUGUUAACUAAAUUCAUAAGUCUGUUUGUAUUUUAA